AUGUCCAUGUAUCUCUUUAAUUCUGAAACUUUAUUUUUAACAUCAUUUACUCGUCGAGGAUCAUGGAUUUUUAAUACACUUCCGGAAUGUUGUGUAAAAAACAUAAUUUAUUUUAUGGUUUUAAAUAGUAUAGAGUGUGUUUUAUUAUUAAAUCAUGGCUGCUAUAAACAAAAUUUUUACAAAUGAAAAAAAAAACUUUUUAGGGUAUCGUAGAUGAAACUAUAAUGGAGAAUAGAAAAGUGGGGGAAAUUCUAGACUUAAAAGAACAGCACAUAUUUGUGUGGGCCGUGUUUGGAGGAGCCGAAAAGAGCUUACAAAAGUCUUUGAGAAGAAAAGAACGAGCUCUGAAUGAUGUGGAAGAUUUUUAUUGUAAUAUAAACAAAAAAAAUAAUAAUAGAAUUGAAAAGAAUUAUGAAGAGGUGUGGGAUAGUCCUUAUAGAGGCUUAAAACCAGAAGAACAAUAA